AUGUUCCCCAACGAGCGGCAGGCACCCAAGAGCAGCGUGCACGCACCCCGGAUGGCAGCCGCGGCAAAGCAGCGCCCCAAAUGCGUGCAUUCCGCCCUGCAGGGCAGGCGAAGGAUGAAGGCCAACGACAGAGAACGUCACCGGAUGCACAACCUCAACUCGGCUCUCAACACCCUGAGGAACAUCUUGCCAGCUUUACCGGAGGACGCCAAGCUGACCAAGAUCGAAACUCUGCGCUUCGCCCACAAUUACAUCUGGGCUCUGACUGAAACUCUGCGAAUGGGCGAGCAACACAUGGCGGACUACCUUCCGGUCUUGAGCCGGGCCAGUCCGCCUGCGGCUGAGGAGAACCCCACUACACCUGAUCUGACUUGUUUCCCGCUCGCCUUUUACUCCAAGCCGCUCUACUGUGAAGAUCCGCUCAUGCACACUUGGGAAUAA